AGUGACAGCCGUUUUGUGUUGCUAGUUGCUACAAAUUACAAGUAACAAUUAAGCGGCGUUAGUUUACUUCACUGUUCCAUAAAAAUUCUUAAAUCCAUAUCACUUAUCUAUAUAGUGCCUACUUCUACAAAUAUAUUGUGAAAUAUAAUCAGCAAAGAUGGGGGAAAGAAAAGGUGUAAAUAAAUAUUACCCCCCUGAUUAUGACCCAAAAGUUGGGGGGUUGAAUAAGUUUCUGGGCACCCAUGCCUUGAGAGAAAGAGCCCGGAAAAUAGAUAAGGGCAUAAUCAUCAUCCGCUUUGAAAUGCCCUACAAUAUUUGGUGCGAAGGGUGUAAAAAUCAUAUCGGUAUGGGUGUCAGGUACAAUGCAGAGAAAACUAAAGUUGGAAUGUACUAUACUACUCCGAUUUAUGAAUUUAAGAUGAAAUGCCAUCUUUGCGACAAUCACUUUGUUAUUCGUGCUGAUCCAGCAAAUUUGGAUUACGUUAUACAGUCGGGUGCAAGGAGACAGGAAAAUAGAUGGGACCCGACUCAAAAUGAACAGAUUGUACCUGAAACCAAGGAAACCCAGAAAAGACUAUUUGACGAUUCCAUGUAUAAACUUGAACAUGGUAGUGAGGAUAAAAACUUAGCCGAUAGUUCGAAACCAAGGCUUGCGCAACUGUUUAAUCGAAAUGAAGACCUUUGGGCGGAUUCUUACACUGCGAAUCAAAAAUUGAGGGCGGAAUUCAGAAAAAGGAAUAACGAAUUAAAAGAUACAGUUGCUCGUGAUAACAAACUUUUAAAAAAAUCGAGUUUGGCUAUUCCGUUAUUGGCAGAAAGGGAGGAAGAUAAGAAAAUGGCUUCUUUGCUUAGUAUGAAGCUAAAACCUUCAAAGAGUAUUUUAGAAAACACAGAAUCCGUUAGGAAUAAAAUAAUUUCACAGUCAUCUCUACCUACCUGUAAUUUUUCAAGGAGUAAAGAAGAAAAAGCCGUUCGAAUAUUAAGCAAGUCCAAAUCGGACUUGGGAAUUGUCCAUAAAAGAAAUUCUACAGAUAUUAGUUCGAAUGCGAGUGAGAAAAAGCCUAAGUUGAGCGUUUCUUUGGUAGGAGAUUACGGCACGAGUAGUGAAUCCGACUGAUUUGUUUUUUUACGUACCUGACUAGUUUGUGAGUAUAUUAUGAAAUUUACCUGUUUCUAAAAUAAAUUAAGGAAUAUACCUCAGGUAUCCUGUCCCACGUGAUGUAAAUAUGGGUUUUGUAGGUUGGGAUUGGUUACAUAAACAUGGUACAAAUAAUGUCAUUUUAUUGUUUCUUAGAAAUGAAAAAAGAUUCGAGUUUAAUUUGUUUUUUUAGUUUUUUUUCUAUUGGAAGAAAUUAUAAUAAGUGAAAUAUUUUGUCGUUGCAUUCUACAAUUAAAAUAACGGCUAUUUUGGAAAUUAAUAUUUAAAAACUAAAUUUUAAAUUUAUAUCAGUGGCGUCUUAGACUGAGGAGGUUGUGUAUAAAUAUUGUUUUCGAGUAAAUUUUAUUUGAAAAUUACGUUACACUGAAAUAAUUAAGUAAAAUGGAAUUUUUGAAUGUUUUUAAACGCUCUGAAAAAAAUUAACAGUUUAUUCGACAAAAAGCUAUAAAAGCUUUUGAAAUUAAUCAUUAUGAAUAAUAAUUUACAAUAUAAAUACAGUGAAAAUCGGUUAUAACGACCUCUAUGGGACCGUUUGUUUACGGUUGUUAUAACCGAUAAAGGUAAUAAGCAAUUACAUUUAUUUUAAAUUUUUUUAUAGAAAAAAUGAAAAAUUUAAGCACUCUGUAUCUCGG